AUGCAUUUCCUGCCAGGGUCUCCCAAGCUGAGAAGGAGUCCGGCGUUUCCAUCAGGGUACCUAGCUAAGAGUAAACCAACACCAGGGCCCACCACCGUCCUGGUAACAAACACGAAUGGUGGAAUAUCCUUCUCUGAUCCACAAGAGUUAAAACAAGUUUUAGUUCCACAACUCAUCUUUCAAACGUCAUGCGCGAACACAUUUAAUUCCGAUGUUAAGGUGUCGCUCAUAAAAUACUCGGGACCAGGACGAACAGAAACCCUCUUCCAUCUGGACAAGCACAAAAAGAAAGACAAUCUUAUCGAAGAGCUCUUUCAUAAUGAAGCAACUGGAGGAACAACUAGAACCGGUGAAGCGAUUCGUUACGCUGUCAAAGAAUUUGCGAAUCCGAAACACGGAGCGCGGAAGAAUGCUCAGAAAUUUAUCGUUGUCUUCACUGAUGGAUACUCACAGGAAGGCAGCCUAGGGGUGCGAAUCACAUGCUUACGCCGCCGCGAUUCUCUAAUCCAUCGUUGA